AUGUCAUCCUCGGACGCGGACGUGGCUUGCUGCGCCAGCCAAGACGACGCGCCACUUCUCCGCCGCGUCGUCGCGCCGUCCCGCUCGCAGUGGGAGUGGAUCACCUCGAUCUGCUGCGCACUGUCCUACGCGUGCACCUACUUUUGGCGCUACCCCGCGUUUGUGCUUCCUCCCGAUGUGCUCGAUGUGCCGGUGCGUGGCGGGUUUACCCUGCGGUCCUGCAUAUCCUUUGCCUUCAUCGGCGGAUUUGCGGCCGCAAAGCUGCCUGCGGCACACUUUGCAUCGUCGCGGCUCUUCUUCCGCCACCGCCGCACGCUUCUCCUCUCCCUGAUCACCUCGUCGAUGCUCAUCGAGGGCGCGGGCCUCGCGGCGCCGCAUCCCGCCGCGAAGCAGCAGCAGCAGCAGCAGCAGCAGCAGCAGCAGCAGCAGCAGCAGCAGCAGCAGCAGCAGCAGCAGCAGCAGCAGCAGCAGCAGCAGCAGCAGCAGGAGGAGGAGGACGAGGAGGAGGACGAGGAGGAGGACGAGCAAGAGGUCGAGGUGGAGGUGGAGACGCAGCAGCAGCAGCAGCAGCAGCCGCAGCAGCAGCAGCAGCAGCAGCAGCAGCAGCAGCAGCAGCAGCAGCAGCAGCAGCAGCAGCAGCAGCAGCAGCAGCAGCAGCAGCAGUGGCAGCAGCAGCAGCAGCGGCAGCAGCAGCGGCAGCAGCAGUGGCAGCAGCAGCAGUGGCAGCAGCAGUGGCAGCAGCAGUGGCAGCAGUGGCAGCAGUGGCAGCAGCAGCGCGCCUUUCUCCGGCGGUGGGCAUGCGGCCUCGCGCCGCUCUGCGUUGCCUACGCCCUCCUCACUGGGGUGCGUUCGCUGCGCGACCUCUUCGCCGACCAGCUCUUCGCCGCCUCGCUCGGCGCCCCCGGCGGCGCGGCGCCCGGCUGGAUCCUCUGGACCGCAGACCUGCCGGGCGCCCUCGUCUCCGCCGCGACUCUCGUCGCCUUUGGUCGUAUCCGCGACUCUCACCGCGCGAUGCAGGCGGUGCCGGCGAUGCUGUCUGUCAUGAUCGCAGCGACCUGCCUCGCCCUCGUCGCGACGGGCGCGUGGCAGCUGGGUCUGCUCGGAGGCGGCUCGUGGCAGCUGCUGCUGGGCACGGGCGUCUUCCUGUGCUACGCGACCAUGGGGACGCCAUUCUACGAGCGGUUGCUCGCCGCGACGCGCACCGAGGGCGCCGACAUCCGCGCUCUUCAUGUCUGCCCGUGGGCGCGGCCUGAUCGGAAUGCGCGUGGCAUCUAG